AGGAUGGGACACUGCUGAUGCUGAUGCGAGAGCUUUCCGUUUUCUGUGAUCAACAUCGGAGGACUGACUGCCAAAUGAUGGAGCUUUUUAGUCCUAUUUCAACCCCUUUUUGUUCCGUUGUUGACCUCAAAAUGGGACGCAAUGGCUGAUGUGUUUUGGAGACGGAUAUCACAGGAGAAUUUGAGGUGGAAUCAUCGGUUUCGUCUCGUCACUCGUCUGGCCUGACACAGGUGGAUUUGCCGCUGGAAAAACGGUAUCGAAAUGAAGACAUAAUAUUGGACUAUAACAAAGGCAACAGUGUCUUUAGCUUCCUAUUAAAACAGUGGAAUAUCCUAGCUACCAUUUGGUGUAAUAUAACACGGAGAGGUAGGAGAUAGACUGCUUUUCGUGUCUGCUAGCUAAUAGGCUAAUUUCGCUAGCUAGUCAGUUAGCAUCUUCUCUGGCCAAUGGCACGGCAGAAGUGGGAUGCUCGAAGGAGGAGUUAACGUUAGUUGUUAGCAUAAAUUCAUUGGUAGUUCUCACUGUCGGUGUUAUAUUUAGUUUACCGCUUUCUAAUGAGAGAUUUGAGGUUUUAACUUGAGGUUUGUUCAGCUUACAGAAACACAUCGCUGCUCUUUCGACUCCUGUUAAAAUUAGCUUGCGAUGCACAAGAUAGGAUAAUCGGCUAGUUUGAGCUAAUGUUGACAAACUGUUGACUGAACGUGUUAAUCUGUAUUUGUUCAAAUUGGCUCACGGUUGGAUAUGUUGUCAGUCGUUUUUGUUAGUUAAUUUCUGAGGAGUCAUUGCUGUGAUAUGCCAGCUUUCAGGCCGAUGUGAAGCAUGUUGGCGUUGGAUGGUGUGAAGCGGAGACAUUUGGAAACAACCAGGAGAGGACCUGCCAUGACAGAGAGUCACAUAGUAGGUCAAAACUCAUUAAAAUCAGUAAGGGUAAGACAGUAACUUAGUAUGACUUUAUUAUAAAUUUGGGUAACAGUGUUGUCAAGAUGUGGAUGGCAAUUGCUGAAGUUAAAACACAAUAUACUUUGUGUUAAUCCGUUGCCUUUCCUGAACCUCUUAUUGCAAUUACCCCUACUACUCUACAUUCAAAAAAAAAAAUACAAAGCCUCCCAGCAUUGUUUUAAUGAGGUAGACAAUGCUUUAUAUACUUUCAUAUCAUAUCUGAGAUGUGUAAUGCCAUUUAAAAACAUGGCAUUAAAGUUGAAGAGCUGGAUCUGGACAGUGAGAUAAUACACCAGCUUUUGUGACGUCUGUAAAGUGGAUCAGCUUUAUACAUGGAAGCGACAGUCCUGUCUGGCCCUUUGGGGCACACACAGUGGGAGUCAGAACUGCCAUUUCCUCUCGGGUUUCACUCUCUGGAAUCAGACAAUGGAGGUGUGCUCUGUCAAAACAAGGGUGGCCAGACAGGUUUGGAUUUCUUAAACUGCGAUCAAACAUCACAACAAAGUGAAGAAGAACACAUUUACCAGGACAAGCCGGCAGGGUUGGACAACCUCAUAAAUAUCUCUGCUUUUUCCUGUGGAGAUUUGCAGUUUGAGGGAGAUCAGUCCAAUAUUUCCAAAGCUUCUCUCCAUGGUUCUUGUAUAGAGGAAUUGUCCUUCACAGAAAAAACUGAGCCACCUGAUGAACUAAGUGACUACACUUUGUCAUGGUUAUUUUCUCCUAAACUCACUGAUGUGGUUGGAAAAAACACAGCCCAUGAGGAAUUGACUUUGACGCAGGAGACCCCUCUUGAGAGCUCAAAUUCCCUUAGUAGUGAAGCUGGGCUAAUAACUCUCAGCGUACCGGGCUCUCCAUUGAGAAUUUCCAACACAGAAGAUCCAUUUUUGUUGGUAGAUCUCCUCUCAUAUGAAAACUCUUGUCCCCCCGCAGAGUCCUCGGGUGAGUUGAACCCGCAGGGUGUCGGUGAGGAGCUGGUGGACCUGUCACAGGAGGAGCAGGCAGGACUCCCUCCCUCACCGAGCAGGGAGACUUUGUCACCUGAAACCGGAGACAAAAGUUUAUUCCCUGAUCAAGUGACUGAUCUACCUGUUACCUGCAGCAUAGGUUCACUUGAGAACUGCCUCCCACAUGACCACGUCAACAGCACACCACUGGAGAGUUCGGAAGGAUCUGUGCCUUUGUUGGAUUCAGAGGUUCCAGAUUGUGACAGCAGUCUCAGCCUGUGCCCCGCCAGUCCUGUCUCUGUUAUCUGCACAGGUACGCCAUUAGAUUUAUCAACAGAGGAGUCGGAGGUGGAACAUGCAGGAGCUACCGUAAAUAGAAAUGUGACUUCACACAAACAAGGUGAGAAUGACUCAUUUGCUCUGGGUCUGUCGGCUGAACCACCAUCACUGACGGUGCCUGCGGCUGAAGAUGCCUUCAUCCAGGGUGAAUCCACCAGUGAGAGUUGCCAUGUGGAAAAUGAAUCAAAGGAUUUAAUGGAUGAGAAUAUUUGUUCUGAAGCCAAAAAUCAGGGGAACGAGGCAAUGGCUUUGGAUCUGUGCCUGGCUGCUGAGGAGGUCCACGGCGAAGACAUUUGGGACUUGAAACCUCAGGAGGAUGUACAAAUUGGAAGUAUUUCCGAUACAACAACUAAAGAGAAGGAAGAGGAGAUGUUUACGGACAAUAACCAGCUUGAAGGAUCAGAUUGUCCCGACAUGGCUUCUUUUGAUUUUUCAGUUCAGGACUUACACAAUUCUUCUCCUGAGGCAGGAUGGACUAGUGAGCAAACUGUGGAGACAUUAUCGCUCUCUAAGAUGGUGGGAAGUGACUCACUGCCAAUGGUCUCAGCUGAGAGUACGAGGGAGGAAGAGGUCUCCCCAUUAAAAGCUGUGUUCGAUGCUUUGGACCAAGAUGGCGAUGGAUUUGUUCGUAUUGAGGAGUUUAUGGAGUUUGCUGCUGCCUAUGGGGCCGAUCAGGUGAAGGAUCUGACCAAGUUUCUGGAUCCCAGUGGUCUGGGAGUAAUCAGCUUUGAAGACUUCCACCGGGGAAUCACUGCAAUCAGCAAUGGAGGUCCGGAGCCACAGAUCUACAACUACAGUCCGGGCGACGGAGCGGUGGGCUGUCAGGAGGAAUACGACGAGCAAAAUGAGGUGACGGACAGUGCGUACCUGGGCUCCGAGAGCACUUACAGCGAGUGUGAGACCUUCACCGAUGAGGACACGGGGGCCCUGGUGCCCCCCGAGAUGCACGAGGAAGUGGAGACGGACAGCGGCAUCGAGGCCACGCUGCACGACCCGGAAGAUAGUGGAAAUAGGUUCUCCCUGAACUCGGAGCUGCACAACCACUCGCUGGUGUCGGUCAUCGGGGGAGAGGAGGAGCACUUCGAGGACUUUGGGGAAAGUAACACCUCGGAGUUACUGGAGAGCAGCGUGGAGGGGAGGGAGGGUGAGGGAGUCUCCCCUCUCGAGAAGACACCCGCACAGAACAAUGGCUCCUCACUGCUCUCUCCCAGUGCCACCGCUGCCUUACCUGACUGCUUUCAGAGCUUCCUCAGGGAGGAGGCGCUGGACUUUUUCUGUAGCCAGUGUCACAAACAAAUAAGUCGCCUGGAGGACCUCUCCACUCGCCUCAAUUUCCUAGAGAUGACUAGCGCUGGCAAGAGGCUGUCCAGCAAGAAAGUAGCAAGACAUCUCCUCCAAAACAGCUCGAUGACUCUGGACACUGUGAGCGACCUGACGCGGGACAUCCUGGAGCUUGCAGAUAACGACAUCACAGACAAGGUGUUGCUCCUGGAGCGUCGAGUGGCCGAGCUGGAGAAGGAGUCGGAGGCUUCGGGGGAGCAGCACACUCGGCUGCGGCAGGAGAACCUCCACCUCGUGCACCGGGCCAACGCUUUGGAGGAGCAGCUGAAGGAGCAGGAAGUCUACGCAGACGAGCAGGUUCAGCAGGAGACCCGGCGCCACAAGGAGGCGCUGAUCAAGCUGGAGAGGGAGAGAGGAGUGGAGCUGGAGAACCUGCAGGCCAGGCUGCAGCAGCUGGACGAGGAGAACAGCGAGCUGAGGUCGUGCGUUCCCUGUCUCAGAGCGAACAUCGAGAGACUAGAGGAGGAGAAGAGGAAGCUGCAGGAUGAGUCAGAGGCGCUGUGCGACCGGCUGCAGGAGGAGACGGAGUCCCGGAGGAAGAUGGCCGACAAGCUGAGCCACGAGCGCCACCAGAGCCAGAAAGAGAAGGAGAACACGCAGGAGCUGAUUGAGGACUUGCGUAAGCAGCUGGAGCAUCUACAGCUCUACAAGCUGGAGGCCGAAGCAAAGAGAGGACGCACACCCGGGGCCGGGCUGCAGGAGUACCAGACCCGCACCCGAGAGGCCGAGCUGGAGCAGGAGAUCAAACGACUCAAACAGGACAACCGCAGCCUGAAGGAGCAGAACGACGAGCUGAACGGACAGAUCAUCAACCUCAGCAUCCAGGGAGCCAAGAACUUGAUGUCGGCGUCUUUCUCCGACUCGCUGGCAGCUGAGAUCAACAACGUGUCCCGUGUAGAGUUGAUGGAGGCGGUCCACAAACAGGAAGAGAUCAACUUCAGACUCCAGGACUACAUCGACAAAAUCAUCGUGGCCAUCAUGGAGUGCAACCCCUCCAUCCUCGAGGUCAAAUAGUCUCCAAGCAGCCAGACGGCCGCAGCACAGUGACUCCUCAGGCUGUCAAAAACAACCGGAGACUUAAAGAAAGCUACCAAGAGAGGAUGUAAAAAAUACUCAGACACCAUUUUGAUAGGAAAGCAAGGACGCACUCGACUCAUCCCCCCCCCCCUUAAAGAGAAGAAUCUAAGAAGUCUGACGGUGAAAAUCAAGCAGUUUUCAGUUCCAUAUCCCUUAAGUCUGUGCUUAUGUGUGUGUGUGUGUGAGAGUGUGUGUGUUAGCCCUCCUGAAUGCACUUGGGUUCUGGUGACCUCCAUGUAUUUGGCUAGAGGGACCCGAGUCUUACUGUUAAAAAGUAGAGAAUCUUCAAAGUGUCAAUGUCUGAUUGAGCUGAAACUCAAUCAGACAGGUACAUAAAGGCCUUAAAUGAAAGGUGAUCCAAGUAUCCAUUAUCACAUGCCUCAGUUCAGUCAUUGAAGUGUUACUGAGAUGGUGGUAAGUAAGAGGCUUCGAUCCCCUGAACCAGGCUGAAUUGUGUUUUUAUUCACAAGAGAGAAAGCCGUAUGAAGCUGGGCGGGAGAUCGGAGCGGCAGUUCCUCUUUUGAUUUGUGUUUAAAGCUUGCGGUGCUUCCUUAAUUCUGUCCUCUAACGGUCCUUUCCAUCGGACCCAAGUGAGGGACGUUUCUAGGCGUCGAGGAUCAGAAAGGCCCUGAGGGAUCUUUGUGUGUGUGUGUGAGGUGUUUGACAUUUAUUUUGCGCAGUGUUGCUUUAAGGUUUUGAAAAAAGCUUGGUGACACUAGCGAGUAGUAAUAUAAGCUUCGAUGUCCCAAAUGAAGAAACUGGGUUGUUUAUGAUUUGCUUCAAUUUGUUGUUUUACAAUGAAACAGGGUCCCGGAGCUCAGGUGGGCUGGAAACCUCAAGUGUUGAAAAAAAAACUACAUUUCCCAUCACUCCCUCUGGCACAAAUAUUCAAUAAGUCACUAAGUGAAUGGUUACUGUAACUGACAAAUAUACCCUGCUAAUACUGACACGUAAACACUUGAACUACGCAUGAAGGGAAACUGACGAGUGAUUCUGGGAUUUGUAGUUUUUUUUUUUUUUUUUUUUUAGUUCAGCCCACCUGACCCCAGUGUUCUCUUGCUGAGUGAAAGUAAUGGGGAGCAAGUUAAUCCAGGUAACCAACCUUAAUUUUUUGCUGCACAAGUGAUUUAAUGUCAGUCAAAAAAAGUUAUUGAUGACUGAAAAAUGCUGACAUUCGACAAGUUGUAUGUGAAUAAUCAAAUGGUUGUACUUUGCACUAAGUUUUGUUUUGAUUUCAUUAUUGUUUUGUUGAUAUAUAUAUAAAAAGAAAUGUCUAUUGUGAAGGGAUCGAAUCAUAAAUGAAGAUAGUUUUGAAGACUGUAUGAUAGUGAAACCCAUUUCAUUUCAAUGUCAUCAAAUCGAUUCAAGAAUACUACAUUUCUCAGCCAUGUCUUAAAAGGUUUCAUUUCAGUUACAUAUUGUAUUUUUUCAGCCGUCAGGAGUUCAGAUGAGCUUUUCUCUGCUGGUUUUUGGUCAGUUAUAUCGUUAUUCAGACCUGGAGAGACACGGCAGACUUUGGUAGCAAUAACGCUUGGCAAGAAGUGGACAUUGGUGGAGGGCAGAUGGAACAAACAUGCUCUUUAUUUCCUCUGCCGGAGCAUCAUCUGCCUUUUCCAAUCCGUACGGACUGAUUGUGGACUGAGGCCGUGCUUAUCGGUACUACGCAGCCAUUGGUUUUGGACAGACAUCUUGAAGGAUUUCUGGUUUAAAGGAAGCCGGUUGAUGUGUUUUGUUCAAACGGCAUGGCAUUCUUCACCAAUAUGCUAAGAAGAAGUCCUAUUUUCUCACCUCUCACCGCUCUACUUCACCUGCCACCACGGAAAAAUGGCCUUGGAUGUAAAUGACUUGUACAUGUAAAGUUUUUCUACACUCAUUCUAGAUUCUAGGUAUUUUUAUAGUGGGAAGAACAUUUCUUCUUGUCUUAUGCUGAGACAGCUGCCUGUAUUCUUCUCUAGCAUGUAGCGUGUACAGUACCUCUUUUUUUUUUUUCCUUCUCGUUUUGAAAUCACAUGCAGAUAUUUAUUCAUCAAUUGACACAAACUCGCACUCUGUGAUCUGUUCCGCUGAAUAUAUAUCUUUGUACAUUUUUUUUUUUUUGAGUUCACAAAGGGAGAGAUUAAAUGAAUCUUUGGGAGAAUUUGACUGGAUUUAGAGGAAGCGUUUGCCGUCGUGUGCAAAACGCAGAGUGGUCGUUGGUCGAGGCGCUCUUCCAUUCACGGCCUCCUCAGGGUUGUGAUUUCAGACGUUCUGCAGUUUCUACUGUUGUCUUCCCAGAUGGAGUCAGGUCCUGCAUGGAAACACAGAUUUGUAUUGUGUAUAUCUCUGAUUCAGACCCUUUUUGUUUUGACUGAAAAAUCUAAUUAAGAGACCUCCUAAUAGCCCCAACUGAUUUAAUUCUUCAUUAUUUAUGCUAAUUCCUCCUUCUUUGGGAAGACACUUGAACGCAGCAGGUGAUGCUUCACUUAGUUCUCUCCCUGCUUCUUAUUUUAGUGUCUGACAGAUAGUUUGAGGCAACAGAAUAAGUAAACACAGAGCUGUCAAAACAUUCCCUUUGAGCAGAGCUGAAGGUGACUGCACUUUAACCACCAAAUUUACUCCGAAUGACCAAAGACAGAUUCAACGUUAACUGAUUAUUUUAUCCAUCAGGGUCCGUAAUCUUUCGAUAACUGUUCUAAUAAAUCAACACACUCUUAAAGGAAAGGAAAGGAAAACUGGCCUGCUAGUCUAAACACUGUGCCUCUGUGUCUCAAACUCUGCCUCUAAACUAACCUGACGAUGAGCCCUGGGGAAAGCACUGACCAUGUGACUCUCAGUCUGUUAAAUUAUAAUGAUGAAAGCCUAAACUGUAAAUAUGAAUUGUCAUUUUUUGUGAACUUUUUCUCUCUCUCACGCUCACUUCCAGUGUCCAAAGAAAGUCUGCUCAAGGCACAAACAUCACUACUGGAGUAGUGCAUGGCUUGCCAUUAUGCGACAUGGGAAGAUUAAAAGAGAAUAUUGUUGAAAAGAGAAAUUGUAAAAGUUAAAUUUAUUCCUAUUUUCAAAGAUAAAUGUAUAAAUUAUAACAGUAUUGGUUACAGCUGUAUAUUAUUUUUCAAUAUCCCCAAAUGAUCUAAUCCUAAUUGUUACUGGGGGAAUAUCAUUUCAGUCAUUGUAAAAAAAGAGAACAAUUUAAAGGUAAGCAGUGAAAGUAAGAUUAGAAAAAUAAAUGGAAUAAAAUGAAA